AUGCGUGAGAGCUCCACCGGCCAUCUCACCUUCGGCAAAGGCGGAGGCUCCGCUAACGGCGUCAAGUUCACCAAGCUCACCACGUUAUCCAAAAGAGCUUCAUUGUUUUAUGGCCUCGGCCUCACCGGCAUUAGCGUCAACUGGCGCCAGCUGCCGGUUGCGUCCUCGGUCUUUUCGUCUUCGGGAACCAUCAUCGACUUGGGGACGGUGAUCACGCGGCUGCCGGCGACUGCGUACAGGGCAUUGAGGGACGCGUUUCGGGAGGGUAUGAAAAACUACAAGAUGACUAUGUUGAUUUCGCUGCUGGACACGUGUUACAAUUUCAGUGGCUACAAGACGGUGUCGUAUCCGGGUAUUGCGUUUAGGUUUGGGGACGGGGUUACGGUGGACUUGGACCCGGCCGGGAUAUUGUAUGUGGUAAGUAGUUCGCAGGCUUGCUUGGCGUUUGCGGGACACAAGGAUGAUACUGGCUUGGGGAUUAUUGGGAAUGUUCAACAGAAGAGGUUGGAGGUGAUAUAUGACGUGGCUGGUAAAAAAAUGGGAUUUGCCCCUGCAAGUUGCCCCUGA